AUGGUUCAACUGGCAGACUCCUCACUACAAGACUACCACUUGAGGGAGGGGAAGAAAAAUGGCAAAACGGGAGUGAGAAGAUAUUCUAAGAAUAUAAUAUACGGAGCAACUAAAAUCCUUGUGGAGCUCUGUAUGGAGUAUGGGGAGUAUGGAUGGAUGGAUGGGUGGGUGGGUGGGUGGAUGGAUGAUGAUCAAGGAUCAGAAAACGGCCGCAGCAGGCCAGUGCUACUAAUGUACGGGGCCUGUUACUCCGUAUGCUAUGGCACACAAGCUGCUCGCAGCUGCUCACAAUCUCUCAGAUUCUCUUCUCUUCGGCCUAUUUUCGAAAUAUCAAGAAACUCUGCCAAAGCAGCUCGAGUCACAGGAGCUGCAUCUGCCCCGGCAUAUCUAGACAACGCCACUGGGGACUCCACCGUGCUGACAGGUUAUUGA